AUGAAUCAAAAAGGGCGCGAGCUGGAGCUUGUGCGGCUUGUCGCCGUGGGCACCCCAGAAAAAGCGACGCAUGAUGGGCGACGUGACGAAGAUCAUGUUCUCGGUGCUUUUGGCUCGUCGGAACUCGUGCUCGAACUUGUUCCCCUGUAUUUUCAAUACGUGCAUAACAUCGCCCACACUAUUUUCCAUGAACCGAGUUUUAUGCAUCGCCUUCAAGAAGGCAAAGCAUCCAUGAUUCAUGUCUAUGCGAUGUGUGCUCUCGCUGCUCGAUUCUCUGAAAAUCGGGUAUUCAACAACAUCACCCCAUGCGCCCGAGGGAAAAUAUAUGCGACAGAGGCGAUCCGCCGAUGCCAAGAACAUAUGAUCAUCCCGACGCUCGAAACCGUGCAAGGGUUUCUGUUGGUAGGAUUUUACUUCGGCGGCGAAGGUAAUAUCCAAGGAAAGCAUGUGUACGUCGGUCUGGCUCGUCUGCAUGCCGACUUAUUGUGUCCUGCGGAUACCGCGACGGUCGUACUUCGAGAGGAGCGCCGUCGGACAUGGCUCACCAUAUUUAUUGCCGUUCAUUGGUCUGCAUCAGAUAUGGCAGUUGAGCCCACCUCUCCAUUCCACGACAUGGCUCCUCUCCCAGAGAUUGAUGAUGCCGAUUUUCAAACGCUCAGUGCCGAGCUACUUGUAGAGUCGAGGACUUCGCCUUCUUCCAAGUGUGAUAUGUGGGCUCAGAUGGGGCGAACCCUCAACAUAUAUACGAGGAUCAAUGUCCUACUGCGCCGUCUCAGUCAAAAUGCAAUUUCUUUCGAGGAAUUCUGCAAGGAGGCUGCUGUGCUGGAGCAUGGUCUGGAUCAGUGGGCGAAGAAUCUCCCACCUAAUCUGACAUACUCCUACGACAACUUCAUGCUCAUGAUCGAAAAGCAAGUCGGAAAAACAUUCUUAUCCAUGCAUAUUGGAUAUUACCAUUUCCGUCAGAUGCUUCUUUUCCCAUUCUUGGAUACACGCCUUGCGCGGUGGACUACUCGAGAUAGAGCGGCGAAGUGCAAGGAGAGUGCGUCAAUCGUGUCGGAUAUUCUCAGAUAUGCUCAAACAACACCCAAGUGCAAGAUGGAUUACUUCAUCUAUGGGCAUAUUGCGGUUGUCAGUUCCAGUGUUCACCUGCACACUUUACUCUGCGUUGAUGACCAAUCAGACUUGAGCUCUGCUCGACAACGUCUGGUGUUUAACUUUCAGUUCCUCAUGGGCCUCAAAGCUUACUGGUCGAUUGUUGAACAUUACGUGACUCAUCUACGAUCCUUCCAGAACUACUGUAGGGACUCCAUGUCAGAUGCAUUCGUAUUGGACAAUUGGAUGGCCCGAUUCCUUACCGAACAUUCUUCGGCUUUAUCGGAGAGGCGGGAUACCAGCGCCGAUCGACCCUCACUUGGUGCGGAUGAACCGUCUUCAUUACCGUCUGGACUGAACGAGUUAAUGCAGUCUGGGAGUAGCUCCGAUUCCCAAGCGGAAGCUGGCGUUGCUUCUGGGGUCGUUAGCAUGAAGCCCACGGUUGAUCCAACAAUCGAAUUCAGUGACCUGUCUCAGCUUCUGGAUGAUCGCGGCAUGACCGGCGAGGCGAUCGUGAACAGCGCUCUCAAUUGGCUUUUAGAUGAUGAUCUCAGAAUGGAGCAGAUGCAAUGA